GCAGGACCUGGGAUGCUAUGCUGCUCUCCAUGAACUGGUCACUGAGUCUGUCUGCCGCAGCCCUUUCUGAAUCUUUGGCUGCCCGGAAGCUCCGCUGUGCUCCUUGCCAAGAUGAAGUGCGUCUUGGUGGCCACAGAGGGCGCGGACAUCCUCUUCUACUGGACGGACGAGGAGUUUGAAGAGAGUCUGCGGCUGAAGUUUGGGCAGUCGGAGAAUGAGGGAGAAGGGCUUCCCGCCCUGGAGGACCAGCUCAGCACCCUCCUGGCCCCAGUCAUUAUCUCCUCUAUGACGUUGCUGGAGAAGCUCUCAGACACAUACACCUGCUUCUCGACAGAAAAUGGCAACUACCUGUACGUCCUUCACCUGUUCGGAGAGUGCCUGUUCAUUGCCAUCAAUGGAGACCACACCGAGGGCGAGGGGGACCUGCGGCAGAAGCUGUGCGUGCUCAAGUACCUUUUCGAGGUGCACUUCGGGCUGGUUACCAUGGACGGCCAGCUCAUCCGAAAGGAGCUGCGGCCCCCAGACCUGGGGCAGCGUGUGCAGGUGUGGGAGCACUUCCAGAGCCUGCUGUGGACCUACGGCCGCCUGCGGCAGCAGGAGCAGUGUUUCGCUGUGGAGGCUGUGGAGCGGCUGAUCCACCCUCAGCUAUGUGAGCUGUGCAUCGAGGUGCUGGAGCGGCACGUCGUCCAGGCCGUCAACUCCAGCCCUGGGCGGGCCGGCGAGGAGGCCCUACACGCCUUCCUGCUCGUGCACUCCAAGCUGCUGGCUUUCUACUCCAGCCACAGCGCCGGCUCCCUGCGCCCAGCCGACCUCCUCGCCCUCAUCCUUCUGGUGCAGGACCUCUACCCCAGCGAGAGCACGGCGGAGGACAGCGACACCCAGCCUUCCCCACAGAGGCCCCUCCGCAGCCAGAGCAUCCCUGUGCAGCAGGCCUGGAGCUCUUGUUCUGCAGACCCGACCAGGAGUUCUGCAGGGACUGAGACAGACAGCCUCUCCCUCCCUGAGGAGUAUUUCACACCAGCUCCUUCCCCUGGGGAGCAGAGUUCAGGUAGCACAGUCUGGCUGGAUGGGGGUACCCCUCCCACUGAUGAUCCCCAUGUCCAGAUGUCUGAGGACACCCUCCAGGCGCUGGUCCCUCGCUCCCCAGGACCCUCCAGCCCCAGAAGGAUUUUCCUGGGUGCCACCGUGAAAGAGAGCUACUGCCCCAUGGUGCCCCACACCAUGUACUGCCUGCCACUGUGGCCAGGCAUCAACAUGGUGCUCCUGACCAAGAGCCCCAGUACGGCCCUGGCCCUGGCCCUGUACCAGCUGCUGGAUGGGUUUUCUCUACUGGAGAAGAAGCUGAAGGAGGGGCAGGAGGCCGGGAGCGCCCUGCGGUCCCACCCCCUCAUGGGGGACCUACGCCAGAGGAUGGACAAGUUUGUCAAGAAUCGAGGUGGGCAAGAGCUUCAGAGCACCUGGCUGGAGUUCAAGACCAAGGCCUUCUCCAGAAGUGAGCCCGGAUCAUCCUGGCAGCUGCUCCAGGCAUGCGGGAGGCUGAAGAGGCAGCUUUGCGCCAUCUACCGGCUCAGCUUCCUGACCACGGCUCCGGGCCGUGGAGGCCCCUCCCUGCCCCAGCACCUGCAGGACCAGGUCCAGACGCUAAUGCAAGAAAAGCUGGCAGACUGGAAGGACUUCCUGUUGGUGAAGAGCAGGAGGAAUGUCACCAUGGUGUCCUACCUGGAAGACUUCCCCGGCCUGGUGCAUUUCAUCUACGUGGACCGUACCACCGGCCAGAUGGUGGCCCCUUCCCUCAGCAGCACUGAAAGGACUUCAUCGGAGCUGGGCAGGGGGCCCCUGGCCACCUUCGUCAGAACCAAGGUCUGGUCUCUGAUCCAGCUGGCGCGCAGAUACCUGCAGAAGGGCUACACCACGCUGCUGUCCCGCGAGGGGGACUUCUACUGCUCCUAUUUCCUGUGGUUCGAGAACGAGAUGGGGUACAAACUCCAGAUCAUCGAGGUGCCUGUCCUGUCCGAUGACUCGGCUCCCGUCGGCAUGCUGGGAGGAGACUACUACAGGAAGCUCCUGCGCUACUACAGCAAGGGCCACCCGGCUGAGGCUGUCAGGUGCCAUGAGCUGCUGACCCUCCACCUGUCGGUCAUCCCCACGGACGUGCUGGUGCAGCAGGCCGGCGAGCUGGCCCGGCGCCUGGGCGAGGCCUCCCGUGUCCCCCUGCUUUAG